GAUGUCUGAAAACGAGGAUGCUGACGUGGAGGAGCUGUGGACCUCGCUGGAGAGCUACCGUGCCAAGUUGACCUCGCUGAUCGAGCCUUGCCGCAUCACCGCCUACCUGCGGCAGUGCAAGGUCAUCAACCAUGAGGACGAGGAGCAGAUCUUCAACGACCCAAACCUCGUCAUCCGCAGGCGCAAAGUCGGAGUGCUGUUGGAUAUCCUGCAGAGGACCGGGAAGAAGGGAUACAUUGCUUUCCUGGAGAGUCUGGAGCUGUACUACCCUGAGCUGUACAAGAGAAUCACCGGCCAGGACCCGACACGCACCUUCUCCGUCAUUCUCGAUGCAGGCGGGGAGUCCAGCCUGACCCAGCUGCUGAUGGCCGAGGUGCAGAAACAGCAGCAGGUGGUGCUGCAGGAGAAGAAGAAAGUCAACGAGCUGAACAGGCAGGUGGUCAGCAGGGACGAGCUGAUCAAACAGCUCCAGGUGAAGGCCAACGAGCUGCUCAAACACCAGCAGAGAGUGCGCAGACUGAAGGAGGAGAGCGACAAGUCCUGCGAGGAGCUCAAGAGGUGCAAAGAGGAGAACUACAAGUGGGCCAAGGACUUCGCAACGCUGAGCGAAGAGAAGAAUUCGGUGCUGAUGAAGAACCGAGACCUGCAGCUGGAGGUCGAGCGGCUGAAACACAACCUGAUGUUGGCCGAGGAUGGCUAUAAAAUGGAGCGGACACACACCAUGAAACUCAAACACGCCAUGGAGCAGCAGCCACGGCAGGAGCUGAUCUGGGACGUGCAGCGGGAGAACGACCUGCUGAAGGCCCACAUCCAGGAGCUGGAGAAUACCGUCCAGGUGGACAAAUUGGAUAAGAAUAAGAUGUACAUCCAGAUCCUGGAGGCAGACCGGCGGCUGGCCCUGGAGGAGCACCAGGGGCUGGUCAACAACAUCUACAGUCUCCGCAAGGAGCUGCGGCAAGCGGAGGAGCUGCGGGACCAGUACCUGGAGGAGAAGGAGGUGUUCGAGCUGCAGUGUACCACACUGAGGAAGGAUUCGAAGAUGUACAAGGAUCGGAUUGAAGCAAUUCUUCAUCAGAUGGAGGAAGUAGGGACAGAGAGAGACCAGGCACUGCAGGGGAGGGAGGAACUGCUCGGGCAGUACUCACAGAGCCUGCGGGAGAAGGACGAGUACCGCAAGCUGCUGCGGGAGCUGGGCGAGCGCUGUGACGAGCUGCACAUCCAGCUCUUCAGGAAGGAGGAGCAGCUACUCAGUCUGCAGAACCGCGUCAAGCAAAGCCAAAGUGCCUCCCCCACCGCGACUUCGGAUUUGGAGGAGUCAGCCUCGCCUUGUGACGCACAGAAUCUCGGGGCAGCCGCGGAGAAUGCAGCUGAGAAGAAGAAUGUGAAACAGCGAAUGCCGAAGAUCUUCAAAGACUAUCGAAGGAAGCGAGCGAUCCGGCUGAACAAACGGAGAGUGCAUCACCUCAGCGAGAGGUGUGAGAACACCACAGGCAGCGAUAACACAGACACUGACUUCUCCGAAGGAGAUGGGAGAAGCAACGUGCAGUGAAGGGGCUCCAGCCCAGAGACUCAGCACACUGUGUUCACUGUAACUGCCCCAGCCAAUGCCCAGUGUGCUCAGUGCAGUGAACAUGUCUUUAAUUCAGUAUCCUGGCAACAAGACGGAGUCAGGAGCUUUACUCUGUACCUGAGCCAUAUUGUCACUGAUCUGGGAGGGAGACUGGUGCUGUGGUGGGUGAGCAUUGUGAGGUUGUGUGUUGGGAACACUUGUCACUAUAAACCGGAUCUGAAUUUUUAAAAAGAAUUACAUUUGCCAGCUCCCUUUCAGGACGGCUGAAAGCACUUGACUGUGGUGUAGUGACUUGUGUGUUUUGUAGGCAAGCGCAGCCACCACAUUACGCACAGCAGUACCCCAGAUUUAACUGAAUUAAAUGAUUGCGUGAAAACGUAAGUAAAUUUGAAGUUUGACAA